GCCGCCAUCUUGGAUUCCGCGGUAGCGGUGGCGGCUCUAGGGUACCGCGUUUGGGGAGUGGCUCUCCCCUCCCCCUUCCCCCAGUUCGGUGGCGACGGCUCCUCCCCCUGGGGGGGUGGUGCGAAAGCAGUGGCGUCUGCGGCCAUGGCGGCGACUGCUGCUAACCCCGAAAUGACAUCAGAUGUACCAUCACUGGGUCCAGCCAUGGCCUCAGGAAACCCUGGGACUGGGAUUCAAGGUGGAGGAGCCAUUGUCCACAGGGCUAUUAAGCGGAGACCAGGGUUGGAUUUUGAUGAUGAUGGAGAAGGGAACAGUAAAUUUUUGAGGUGCGAGGACGAUCAGAUGUCUAAUGAUAAGGAACGGUUUGCCAGGUCGGAUGAUGAACAGAGUUCUGCGGAUAAAGAGAGACUUGCCAGGGAAAAUCAUAGUGAAAUUGAACGGCGACGACGGAACAAGAUGACGGCCUACAUCACAGAACUGUCGGACAUGGUGCCCACCUGUAGUGCCCUGGCUCGAAAACCAGACAAGCUAACCAUCUUACGCAUGGCUGUCUCUCACAUGAAGUCCUUGCGAGGAACUGGGAAUACAUCCACUGACGGCACCUACAAGCCUUCAUUCCUCACUGAUCAGGAACUCAAACAUUUGAUUUUGGAGGCAGCGGAUGGCUUUCUGUUUAUUGUCUCAUGUGAGACAGGUCGGGUGGUUUAUGUCUCUGAUUCAGUGACCCCUGUUUUGAACCAGCCACAGUCUGAAUGGUUCGGUAGCACGCUCUAUGAUCAGGUGCAUCCAGAUGACGUGGACAAACUUCGUGAGCAGCUUUCCACUUCGGAAAAUGCCCUGACAGGGCGUAUUCUUGAUCUGAAGACUGGAACAGUGAAAAAGGAAGGCCAGCAGUCUUCCAUGAGGAUGUGUAUGGGCUCAAGGAGAUCAUUUAUUUGCCGUAUGAGGUGUGGCAGUAGCGCUGUGGACCCAGUCUCCGCAAAUAGGCUGAGCUUUGUGAGGAACAGAUGCAGGAAUGGACUCGGCUCUGUGAAGGAUGGGGAAGCUCAUUUUGUGGUGGUCCACUGCACAGGCUAUAUCAAGGCCUGGCCCCCAGCAGGUGUCUCCCUUCCAGAUGAUGAUCCAGAGGCUGGCCAGGGGAGCAAGUUUUGCCUGGUGGCCAUUGGCAGACUACAGGUUACCAGUUCCCCCAACUGUACAGACAUGAGUAAUGUUUGUCAACCAACAGAGUUCAUCUCUCGGCACAACAUUGAAGGAAUCUUCACUUUUGUGGAUCACCGCUGUGUGGCUACUGUUGGCUACCAACCACAGGAACUCUUAGGAAAGAAUAUUGUAGAAUUCUGUCAUCCUGAAGACCAACAGCUUCUAAGAGAUAGCUUUCAACAGGUGGUGAAGUUAAAAGGCCAGGUGCUGUCUGUCAUGUUCCGGUUCCGGUCUAAGAACCGGGAAUGGCUCUGGAUGAGAACCAGCUCCUUUACUUUCCAGAACCCUUACUCAGAUGAAAUUGAGUACAUCAUCUGUACCAACACCAAUGUGAAGAAUUCCAGCCAGGAACCAAGGCCUACACUGUCCAACACAAUCCAGAGACCACAACUAGGCCCCACGGCUAAUUUGCCCUUGGAGAUGGGCUCAGGGCAGUUGGCAUCUAGGCAGCAGCAGCAGCAAACAGAAUUGGAUGUAGUAUCAGGAAGAGAUGGACUGGCUGGCUACAAUCAUUCCCAGGUUUCUGUUCAGCCUGUAACCACCACAGGGCCAGAACACAGCAAGCCCCUUGAGAAGUCAGAUGGUCUGUUUGCCCAGGAUAGAGAUCCAAGAUUUUCAGAAAUCUACUCCAACAUCAAUGCAGAUCAGAGUAAAGGCAUCUCCUCCAGCACUGUCCCUGCCACCCAACAGCUAUUCUCACAGGGCAACACAUUCCCUCCUACCCCCCGGCCGGCAGAGAAUUUCAGAAAUAGCAGUCUGGCCUCUCCUGUAACCAUCGUCCAGCCAGCAGCUUCUGCAGGGCAGAUGUUGGCCCAGAUUUCCCGCCACUCCAACCCGCCCCAGGGAGCAGCCCCAACUUGGACCCCUAGCACUCGCCCAGGCUUCUCUGCCCAGCAGGUGGCCACUCAGGCUACAGCCAAGACUCGUUCUUCCCAGUUUGGUGUGGGCAGCUUUCCGACUCCGUCCUCCUUCAGCCCCAUGUCCCUCCCUGGUGCUUCAAGUGCGUCACCUGGUGCUGCUGCCUACCCUAGUCUCACCAGUCGUGGAUCCAACUUUGCUCCUGAGACUGGACAGACUACAGGACAGUUCCAGACACGGCCAGCAGAGGGCGGAAGCGUCUGGCCGCCGUGGCAGAGCCAGCAGUCGCACCAUCGCUCGGGCUCUAGCGAGCCGCAUGUCCAGCCGCCAGCAGCACAGCCGCCGGGCCAGCCUGAGGUCUUCCAGGUGAGAGGGACAGAAGACGUCAGGAACCCAGAAACUGGAAGAGACAGGGAGCAGAGACAGAGAAGGGAGCUUGCACGGAUUGAGGAGAUGCUGUCCAUGCUGGGGGACCAGAGCAGCAGCUACAACAAUGAGGAGUUUCCUGACCUAACUAUGUUUCCCUCCUUCUCAGAAUAGAGCUGUUGGGAUUUUCCAGCCAACAGCUGGAACUGACUUCCGCAAUCCUAAUGGAAUAAAUCCAGCACCCCAGUCAUCUGCCCACAUUAUCCACACUCC